AUGACGGAUAUCUCAGUUAUUGCGAGACCCACGCCUGAUAAGAAGUGGAGUUUGAGUGGAACAAAGAUGUGGGUUGCCAAUGCCGAUAAAUCUGACUAUUUCUUAGUUGUGGCUAGAACUUGGGUACACAAAAUUGAAGAAUUGGACUCUAUAAAAACUUCCGUCUUUAUUGUUGACAAAUCUUCAAAUGGUAUCAAAAUCAGUGAACCUGUAGAACAGCUAGGCUCGAGAGGAAUCAGCAUUUGCAAUGUGACAUUUGAAGAUACAAUAGUUGGUGAAGAUGAUUUGCUAGGAAACAUAGGUGAUGGAUAUGAUAUAGCUGUUAAUAGUUUGAGCAAAGGAAAGCUAGCAAGAGCAGCUUCAAGGGUCGGUCUCUUGAAAAAAAUUGCUAACAUGGUCACCGAGUAUGCCAUUCAAACUAAAACUUCCGGGCUUUCACUGACCAAAUACGAACUGUGUCGGUACAACCUAGGUAACAUAAUGAGUGAUGUAUAUGCCAUUGAAAGCUUAGUUUAUCUCAUAGCUGGCAAUCAAGAUGACUUUUCUAGUUUUGAUUGCAUCCUCGAAGAGUUAUCAGCAGAUAUUUUCAGUUUGGAAACUUCUUUCAAUGUCAUUCAUCGGUGUAUAAACAUUAUAGGCCCACAAACAGUAUUGAAAGAUUCUCCUCUUGAACGUAUUUUGAGAGACUCCUACAGCUAUCUAUUACACGACUUGAUACCGACCGAUGUGAAGAAGAUUUAUGUGGCAACCAAUGGACUGCAACAUGCGGGUGCAUUAGCUUAUGAUGAGGUGAAGAAAGCUCGAAACCCGUUCAACUUCCCUAUGUUUACUCUGAAGAGCUUUAUAAAGUACGACAAUGCAUUGAAAGAAGAGCCAAAGCUACCCGGAGAACUGAGACAGAUGGUUCAUCCUUCAUUGGGUGUGGACGCUGAUAAGCUUGAGGUCUGCCUUAUUCGGUUUGAUUAUUUAGUGAAGGAAAUGAUGAAGCGUUGGGGAAAAGAACUUAUUGAUAGGCAAUACGAACUGAUUAAUCUUUCUAACUAUGCUACAUCGAUGCUUGUAAUGACUGCAGUCCUGGCCAGGGCCUCUCGCUCCUAUUGUAUUGGUAUUCAAAAUGCUGAUCUGGAAAGAACUCUCUGCAGCAGUCUUUGUCAACAACACCACAAAAUUGCGAUGAGAAUAUUCGAUGAUUUGAAUGAUGGACCCAUUGAUACUGGUCGUGCUGUGCUGCUGAAAGUCGGUGAGGAUGCAGUCGACAAAAAAGGCUAUUUCUUUUCUCAUCCUCUUGAUAGGAAUUACUGA